GCCUGUGACCUGAAGGUUAAGCUCAAGGGCGCUCCCGGGCAAGUCACUGAAGUUUUCCCUUUGCUCUACCUGCUGCCUUCUGCUCUCCCCUGAUUAAUCCCGAAAAAUGGAGCGAUCCACACAAGAACUUUUCCUCAACUUCAUGAUUGUCCUGAUUACUGUAUUGCUUAUGUGGCUCCUUGUGAAGUCUUAUCAGGAGUAAAAGACAAUCAGAAACUCUAGGAGGUGAUUUAAGCGUGUGUCUCCGCAGACAUAAGUAACACCCACAGCACACCGCCAUGAUUAGCUUUCAGUCAAUUGAGGAUGUCGUGAAUCUUUUUUUUACUCUCUCAUAUCUGUUGCCUGUGCUAUGUUUGUGAUGGGUCUAUGAUGGUGUAAUUAUUUUAUUCUGCAGUGAUCCAGCUGUAAAAUGUAAAAUGCAAGAUCCUUAGGAACUGUUCGAUGUGGCUGUCUCCUCCGGUAGUUACUGUGAAUGCUGUAGCCCCCUGCCCGCCACGCUGGCUUGUUUGGCGUCGGUGUUAGGUUCUCGAGGGAAUAAAACUGCAGUAUGCAAUGUAACUGUCUGUAUUAGCCAGUGUAAGAGGCACAAACUCGCUUAGCAGAAAGGAAUGUGAAACCUCUACUUUCACUUGCUCAUUUCACUUAAAUAAAGAACAUGUAAAACCA